AUGUCCACUAGCUCAGUUCCCCAGAAGAAAGAGCAGCCCACCUCUACUGGAGGAAAAGGCAUCGAAGAGAAGCUAAGAGGGUUGAUGAGAAGGAAAGAUGAACUCAUUGGUAAAACAAAGCUCACUCAAAGACUUGAGUUUGGACAUUCCCAAAUCUCACAGUAUUUGGGCCAUAGCACACAAGUCAAGGGAAUAAUUUGGAAUCCUAAUUUGAAUUGUUUUGCUAGCUAUGAUGAGAAAUAACCUUCAUUUGUGGGACCCCACAAACACGAAUACAAUAUUCUCUGUUAACUUCUUCGAUACAGUUGGAUCGCAUUCUGUCUCCUGUGUGACGUAUUCCACAAGGUAUAGGCUAUACUUGGCAGUCACAACUGAUUUUAAGCUGCUCAUUUUUAACGAAUUACUCAGGUACGUCAAACAAAAGGAUCAGGAUGGGAAUGUCAGACCCACAGAGCUCAAGGUGAGACUUGUCAACAACAUCUACUUUUGGGAAAGCAAAAGUAAGUUGAUCACUGCCGGAGUCGGAGGCUGAUUUGUGUUCGACUUCUGUGUCAAAACUAAAUAUGACCCCAAGCAAGCCUUGUUUCUUGAUCCAGAUUCUAAAAAUCUCAUAAUUGCUAUUGAGAAUAUGAUGCCGAUUAAUAAAGAUCUUUACUGGCUGAAAGGGCUUAAAGUUGUUGAAAAUGAAGGAAUGAUCUUCUCUUGGUCUCAAGAAGUCACUUGCUUUAAUAGGCUUGAUAAUGCAGAUAUUGUUGGAAAAUAUCACUCUCUCACAUCUAAAGAGGACUAUAUCACAGACUUGAUAAUUUCAGAGGAAUUUAAAUAUUUUAUCACCUCUACUGUAUUUGGACAAAUAUAUGUAUGGAAACUCAAUGUCAGGGGCUCCUAUAUCAGCUUUGAUGACAUUGAUGAUGCAACUAGGUUCAAAAAUAUGAAGACUAAGAGAAAGCUAAUUCAUUCCUAUUCAGGUCACUCGAAGAAGGUGACUUCUCUGGCUCCGCAUCCUAACAACACUUCAUUCAUCUCUGCAUCGUUAGACAACACAGUAAGGGUCUGGUGUUUGGAUAAGUUCAUUGAGCUAUACUGUUUCGAGGUGAACGCAGGCUUAUCAAAUAUAUUACUGUUAAAUGAUAAGUUAUUCGCUUGUUUUUAUUACGACAAAAUAAAGAUUUUAAAACUUCAGCACCUUGCUAGCAGUUUUUGUAAUCCAAACUCUGUGAUAAAAAAGGUAGGAGCCUGCUAUGACACCAUUGAGGACAAAAUUAAGAACAAUCCUUUUGCAAUAUAUGUGUUGAGUAAUGAUAAUUCAGCUGUAAUUUUUGACCCCAAGGGGAAACAAAUGUCUACGAUCUAUCCACCUCCAACAGCAAAAGAGCUGAAGGAGAUUGAGUACUCUAUCAAGUUGAGAAAGAUCUUUAUCUUACUUUCCUCAGGGACAAUCUGCAUCUAUUCCUUUGACCAGGAAACUGCCCUCCUAGAGAAGUUGCAGAGGCCUGAGCAUAUCAAGGAUUCUCAAGGAAAAUCUGUCAAUCAACUGAUAACUACUAUGAAUUUUGUGAAUGUAGUUCCUCCGAAAUAUGAUUGUGAGGUCCUUCAAGACCAAGCCAUGAAGGAAAGAGAAGUGCGCAUUGAGGACACCGGCGAGGAGAAUAUGAUAGUUCUUGGAUUCUCUAAAGGUACCUUCGCCUUUGUCUCUGUUCAUAACACUGACAAGGUAUACGCUAGGUUCUCUAUACAUCGUCAACCAAUCACUCGUAUUGAGAAAAUAAAUUUUGGGAAUUCUAGGAACUCAGGCUUAGACAAAAAGUUAGCAAUUUCUCCCAUUGAAGAAGGUGAAGAGAAAGCAGGUGAUUGUUACUCAGAGAAAAAUCUCUCUGCUGAUAGCAACUCUAAGGUUCUUUUCAUGUCUAUGUGCUCCGAAUUCUCUUUGAAUAUAUGGGGAUUUGAGAAUGAUAACAUAAUUGUGUACAAAACUUUUAAGGCUUUCAGAGAAAUAGAGCAGAUAUGUUUCUGUGCAGAUACUCUAAUGCUCUCGUUCCACUCUCGUGAUUGCGAACUGAUGUCUAUAGAUCCUGAUACAGUCGAGCUGCAGAUGAUCCAUAAAGCUAAAGUCACUGAGCAUUCAGACAUUAUUACUUGCAUGACAUCCAGCAUUGAUUCUUGCUUAUUCGUGACAGGAGGAAAGGACGGUAAUGUCAAGGUCUGGACAAGCCAAAAAGAGCUUGUCAGGGAAAUUUGAUUCCCUGAAAAGAUCGACUCACUUUGCUUUCUUAACGAACAACUCGACAUCUUGGUUGGGCAUGCUUGAAAAGUGUCGAUAAUCCUGGCUACAGAUUAUCGGCCAUUUACCAUCAUCAAAGAUAGCGAGGAUAGUUACGGUGUUGACAAUGAUUCAGACGAGAGUCCCACUGAGGCUCCCAAGACAACUGUCACUGACCGAGUCUUUGAAAGGCUCAAGCUCAAAGAUGAGCAAAUGACGACCGAGAAGGACCCAGACGAGUUCUACAUCGGCACUAGGAAGAAAAGACGCUCCAAGGGGAUUGAGGAGGACAAGAUGGGCGACUCUUUUUAUGGCGGCUUUGAUCCCGAUCAGAGUGCUAUUUCAAAAGCUGAUGACUCCGAUGAAGAGUUUAUCACAGAAGAGCUAUUUCAAAAAGCUCUCCAAGCAGCACUAGAACAAGAAAUGCGCAAGAAAGCCAGAGGGAGAAAGAACAAAAGCUUCACAGGAAAACGGAAGAAAGGAACAAAAUUGAAGGGAGGUCACGGUAAAGGCUCUAAAGGAAAAGAAAAGUCUCUUAUACUUGAGAAGUAUAAGAAAAAUAUGACAGUCAAUAUGGAGAGAAUCGCUAUGAUGGACGAAAGUGUGGCAAAGUUUAAACCUUUGUGCACAGCCCUUCCUACAUCUUUGCCCAAACUUCCUAACAUCGCAGAAAGAAUCAGGGCUGCGAAGAGGCUACAUAUGACGAGAAGAGAUAUGACAGAGCAAAAGAUUGUAAAGAAUAUAAUUGCACAUAAUGAUCCUUCAGAUGUGCAAAACUUUGAAGUUUUGUAUAUCUCUAACAAGAAUGAACCUUUCCUACCUGAGCCAUUUAGACAGCGAGAUGUGGGUGGCCAAUUUCCGCCAAUUUAGC